AAUAACGAAGAUAUAAUUAUCUAAUCUGAUAUAGAUUAUUAUAGGGCUAACACCGAAUAGUAGCUAUGAUAAAAGAGUUUUAAUCGAACUAUCGGAUUUAGGCUGGAUUCAGUUGGACGGGCACUGGUGUAGCAGCCAACAUGGGUCUUAAAAUCUUGGUUCCUGUGUUAAUGUUGUCUCUCAUUCUGGGAGUGAGUGCUUUUGACCCCCUGGAAAUUUUAUCAUCGGACGUCGAGCAGUUUGAGACGAAUUUGGAUGACCCCAAGUACAGACUAAAGAACAACAUUAAAACGAAAACACAGAGUGUGGAUCUUGAUGUUUACUUGGAUGAAAGCCGAUUUAAUGGUUUGACUCAGAUUGAAAUAGAGAUAGAGGCAGAAAACCUAAAACAAAUUGUCCUUCAUCAGAAAGUUGUGGAGAUAUCCUCUGUGACGGUACUAUCGGAUGGCAACAAAGUUCAGCCUCUUCAAACCCCAAAUCCUUUCGAAACUGAUGAUUACUAUGAAAUCCUGAAAAUCAAUUUAGCCCAACCCAUCCCUGCUGGAAAUUGUACGCUAGUCAUCAACUACAAGGGUAAAAUCAAUGAAAACGCUCUCGACAGAGGCUUUUACAGAGGUCACUACUUCGUGAACAACACCAUGUUGUACUACGCAGUGUCGCAUUUCCAGCCGUAUCACGCCCGGAAAGCUUUCCCGUGUUUUGACGAGCCUCAGUUCAAGGCUCGCUUCACCAUCUCCAUCACUCGGCCCAGUGACUUCAGUCGCUCCUAUUCCAACAUGAAUAUCAGGAAUACAAUGACGGUAUCUGAAGGCCGCGUUAGGGAGACUUUCGACACAACACCCGAAGUCUCUUCCUACCUGGUCACAUUCCUAGUGAGCAGGUUUGUGGAAACUCAAGCAAAUUCACCUACAGAACCUUUUGGCAUUAUUUCCCGCCCAGGCCCAGUAGACCAGCACAAGUAUGCUUUAGACAUCGGUCAGAAGAUCACAAACUGGAUGAACCAAGAAUUCGACAUCAACUACUACGACAUGGGUCAAGGAGAGAAGAUGAAGAAUGACCACAUGGCUCUGCCAGACUUCCCCGCCGGUGCUAUGGAAAAUUGGGGAAUGGUCAACUACAGGGAAUCGAACCUGCUGUUCGACGAGAAGCACACAAGCCUCCCGGGAAAGCUGCGCACAGCCACCAUCGUGGCGCACGAGCUCGCGCACAAGUGGUUCGGGAAUCUGGUCACCUGCUUCUGGUGGAGCAACCUGUGGCUGAACGAGGCUUUUGCCGCCUUCUAUCAGUACUUCGGAGCUCAUGGUGCCGACGGAACUCUUGAGCUGGACGACCAGUUCGUCACCACCGCUGUCCACAGUGCCCUGGCCAACGACGCCAAUGCUGGAGCCAACCCCAUGAACUGGACUGGAGCAGUCGACAACCCUUCUGUUAGCGCACAUUUUGGUGUCAGCAGUUACGCUAAAGCGGCUUCAGUGCUUAGAAUGAUGGAGCAUUUAGUCACGCCAGCGACUUUCCGCAAGGCUUUGAGAUACUAUCUUAAAGACAAUGCGUAUAAACUUGGUACACCUGAGAAAAUGUACACGGCAUUCAGAAGGGCGGUACGCGAAGAUAAUACUCUAAGCCAGUUGCCUGGAGUAGACAUUGGAGAUGUCUUCGACUCAUGGGUGCAGAACCCUGGAGCCCCCGUGGUGAAGGUUGAUGUCGACUACGCAACUGGUGCUAUCUCAGUUUCACAGCAACGUUACCAACUGAGUGGUGUCAGACCGUCAACGUUGUGGAAGAUUCCUCUAACGUAUACUCGGGCCAAUAACAUCGACUUCGAGAACUUACGCCCUUCAGUCAUCUUGAGUGGUUACAACAUGACUCUCCAGAAACCGGCUGGAAACGAAUGGGUCUUGUUCAACACUGCCCGUUCAGGUCUCUAUCGUGUAAAUUACGAUGACUUCAGCUGGGAACUAAUAGCUGAGGGUCUCCGUACAAGUAGGGAGACCAUUCAUAAACUUAGCAGAGCUCAGAUCGUGAACGAUGUGUUAUUCUUUAUCCGCUCUGGAGACAUCAGCAUUGCGCGCGCCUUCGACGUUCUCUCAUUCCUCAAGGACGAAACUGACUACUAUGUGUGGAACGCUGCCAUGGGCCAGCUGGACUGGCUCCGGCGGAGGACCCAGCAUAUCGACAACUUGUAUCAGGAAUUUAAUGGUUAUCUACUUGAACAAAUGAACAGCGUCAUCGAGACUUUGGGAUAUGAUGAGGGCGAAAACGAUUCAGUAUCAACCAUACUGAACCGUAUCCAGAUCCUUAGCUACGCCUGCAACAUGGGUCAUGAGGGUUGCGUCACUGACGCUGUCACCAAAUGGAAUGCCUUCAGACAGAACACUGAUAACUUGGUACCACCAAAUCUCCGAGCCCAUGUCUAUUGUGUCGGUUUACGUGAAGGAAACAGGGCUGACUACGACUUCCUGUGGCAACGUUACAACACUUCAGAAAAUGCCGUCGAUAUGGUAUUGAUGCUCGGAGCCCUGCCAUGCACUAGAGAUCAGACUGCAGUGCACCAUUAUCUGGAGCAAAGUCUUUACAGUGGAACAAUCCGUCUGCACGACAAGCCCACAGCUUUUUCUAACGCUUUGGCAGGAAAUCCAGAGAAUUUGCAGACUGUACUGAGCUUCGUCUUUACCAGAUAUGAAGACAUUCGUGUUCACUACGGCGGUACUGCUCGUCUGGUUAUGGGACUUAAUUCAAUUGCUGCAUAUUUGACUGAUUUCUCAGAUAUUAUUAAAUUCCAAACCUGGGCCUACGAGAACCAGCUCAGUCUCACUCCUGAAGAGUUUGCGAGCAGCCGCAGUGUCGUCAACUCUGCUGUCAACAACUUGAACUGGGCGAGUCGCAACGCUGUUGACCUCCACACAGCUCUGGUCACACGAAACGCUUCAUCGUCAUUGUUUGCUCCUGUUACUAUGGUAUUAGCUGCUGUAAUCCUACAUUUGUUUUACUGAACUAUGUUUUGUUGUAUUUAAGAUUUGAUUGUAAAUAAAUGAUGUUCUGUUUGUAAA